AUGGGACGGGGCUGGAACGAUGUCACUUCCUCGCCGGUGCGACUUGGUCACACAAUCCAGGAAGUCGCCGCCUGUUUCCGAACGCCGCGCUGCGAUUGGACCAGCUGGUUUCCCCGGGGGGGAUGGGGGCCCCGGGCCCGCUACCAGAACUCCAGCGCAGAGCACAGGGUGCAGCUGGACCUGGGGCUCUGGGACAAGUUCAGUGAGUUGGCCACCAAAUGCAUCAUCAAGAUUGUGGAAUUUGCAAAACGCCUGCCCGGGUUCACGGGGCUCACCAUCGCCGACCAGAUCACCCUCCUCAAAGCUGCAUGCCUCGAUAUUCUGAUGCUGCGGAUUUGUAUCCGGUACACCCCGGAGCAGGACACCAUGACGUUUUCGGAUGGACUCACCCUCAAUCGCACCCAGAUGCACAACGCGGGCUUCGGGCCCCUCACUGACCUGCUGUUCGCCUUCGCCAACCGUCUGCUCCCCCUGGAAAUGGAUGACACUGAGACCGGCCUCCUGAGUGCCAUCUGCCUCAUCUGUGGGGGUAAGCUCUCCCUCUCUCUCCCUCCCUCUGUCUCUCUCUCUCUCCCUCUCUCUCUCUCCCUCCUGCGAGCAGGUACGUUCCCUCCGUCCCCGGCUCUGACCCUCUCCCUCUCUCCCUCUGCACCAGGCGCAGAACGGGCGAUCACCCUGAAGAUGGAAAUCCCGGGCCCCAUGCCCCCCCUGAUCCGGGAAAUGCUGGAAAAUCCGGAUGCGUUGGGAAUGGAGGAGGAGGCCGAAGGAAAGCAGGCGGAGGAGGAGGAAGACGAGGAGGAGGAGGAGGAGGAGGGGGACGAAGACGAGGAGGAGGGGGACAGGGCUGGAAUGGCUCUGAAGCUGUAACCGUGCUGGACUGAGGGGGAGGUGGGGGCAGGGGGACUGACCCCUGGGUUUGGGGAUCGAGGGGGAACUGAGGGGAGUGGGAAAGACCCUCCGAACGGGGGUGGACAGACCUCCCCCACCCCCGACGACGUUCACCGGAACA